AGAACAUUUUGCGAAAUUCCUUUUGUAUAAACAAAUAAACAUUGAAAUUGUUUAAAAUCAAUAACUAACAAAGGAAGUAUGGCAGAUCAUGAUGCAUUAAUCGCCCAAUUUAUUGAGAUUAGUGGUGGAGAGGAAAAUGUUGCUAGAUUUUAUUUGUCCAGCAGCAAUUGGUCAUUAGAGGAUGCCUUAUCGAAUUUUUUGGGUAAUCAAGGAGAUGAAGGAAUGUCUGAUGCCGCAGGCGGGUUAUCAGACGAGCAGCCGGCUACGGACAUGGCCGAGAGUAAACCACCUUCUUCAUCGGAAGGCGGAAAUUUUGGUAAAGGUUCUUCUGCAGCCAAACCAAGAUUUGCCACGCUAGGAGACAUGUCGAAGCGUAACAGCAGCAGCAAUGAUGAUGAGGAAGGCCAAGCAUUUUAUGCCGGCGGCUCAGAUCGUUCUGGUCAACAAGUUUUAGGUCCACCAAAACGUAAAAACUUUCGUGAACAAUUAACUGAUAUGUUUCGAAUGGCUCAAGAAAACAGUGGUGGUCUUGAUAGUGCUCCAGCGCCAAGCACUUCUUCAGGAGCAAGUUGGGGACAAGGAAUACGUCUUGGUAUGACGGAUUCCGACCAUUCAGUGGUUACGCCAUUAAAUAAAGAAGGCGAAGGUAAAACUAAACCUGUAGUAGUGCUAAAAUUAUGGAGUCAAGGAUUCUCCAUAGAUGAUGGGGAAUUACGAUUGUACGACGAUCCUCAAAACAAGGAGUUUUUAGAAACUGUUAUGAGAGGGGAGAUACCCAAUGAACUUUUGGAAAUGGGAUGGUUGGUCAAUGUUGAUGUAGAGGACCAUCGGCAUGAAGAUUACAAAAAGAAACCCACAACCGUAAAGACUUUCAAAGGUUCCGGACAUGCAUUAGGAAGUCCCACUCCCAAUAUUACCGAAAAUACUACCGAGUUAACAUCGGCAGCAUCAACAUCAGCAGAAUCACCUACUGAUGUGAAAUCAGGAGACGAAGCAGCAAAGGAAAAGCUUAAAGUCGACUCUUCUGCACCCACUACAACACUACAAAUUCGUUUAGCUGAUGGUACACGUCUAACAUCACAAUUUAAUAUGUCCCAUACAGUAGGGGAUAUAGUGGAAUAUAUUCAAACUGCUCGUCCUCAAUAUGCAAAUCGUAAUUUCAUAUUGGUUUCAUCAUUUCCUACACGAGAACUUGUCGACACUAGUGCUACCAUUGAAUCAGCUGGCCUCAAAAAUGCAGCUGUUAUGCAAAGACUAAAAUAAAAAUCAAUCUGAAUGAUAAAUUAUUAAUUAGACAGUUGUUACACACAAGAAGAAUCAAGAUUUUUGAAAAUUUCUUGAAUAAACAUCAAAACGAAUUCCAUUUCAACACUUUUUUAUAUUAAUUCAAUGGUUAGUUUUAUCCUCUAUACAUACCUUUUCUUAUUUGUUGGAUUACUAUGAUUAAUAAAUAACAUUAAAAUUCGUAUAAAGUAAUUGAAUACAAAA